AUGUGCUCCAAGGAAAGAUUGGGUUUCAUUCACUAUUAUUAUCAGGGUCACUAACACAAUACAAUUCCCAUCAGAUGUCACAAUUUAUCUUAGAUCGUCAUAUUUAUGUGUGCAUAAUCUUUGGAUAAAAAACUAUGAGUUAUGAAUCAAAUGUUGAUAUCAAACAUAACUUGAGUAACAUUUUUUUUUAAAAUCUAUGUAAAUCCAACUUGGCCCUUUAUGAAAAGGCAAACCUUAUAAUUGUUUCUUCCAAUCUAGUGUCAUCAAGCAUUUACAAUGACUGCUGAUGAGUUUUUCACAUCACAAUGCAGUAAUUUAGCCCGCUUCCUCUUUGGAGAUUUGUUUUACUUCAUCAACACCGGAGGAAUUUUGAGGAUAAACAGCUCAUCUUACUUUUAUUAUGGUUCCUCCUGUCUAGGGUUUCCACCGACCAGGUAACUGGUUUGCCUUCCAGUAACACUAUGAAUAAGCUUGUAUAACCGAUGGAUGGAUCACAUUAUCCUGGCAUCCUAAGCCAAAAUAAAAAAAAUGUACCAAGUAGUAUUUUAAAAGUAGAGUUCGCAGCAUAGUCUAAACAAAGAGAGGGCAGACAGAGGAAAAGCAGCUCCACCUGGUGUCCCUGAACAGGUCUGGUGUUCCAGUCAAAAACAGAUUUGUUUUGGGAAACCAGAGUCUUUGCCGUCCUCAAGGCUGAGAACCAGUUUGUUAAAAGUUGCUAGAAAGUGGAACAAAAUCCAACAAUUCUUUUGAAUGAAGUCAAAUUCAUUUUACUUUAGUUAAAAGACCAGCCUCAUAAUUUUCUAUUUUAGCCUGCAGUUUGCAACAUUUCUCAGGCCUGAUCUUUGGCAGAGCCAAAUCCACUUCGACACACCUGCUUCAAAUUGAUGCUUAAUCAACAGGCUGCAGAACCUAAAUGUGUGGCACUGUGUGCAGGGAGCUUCCUCAUAUUAUGCAAAAACUAUUUCUCUUCCUGUGUGUCUUGAAUAAGAGAGGUGAGCGUUGCAACACCCUGCCUCAUGCUGACGCUAUAAAACAUCCAGGAACUCGCACUGCCAAGUUUUCAAGACAGCCAAACCUCCAAAAUGCCUGCAGACUACAAUGGAACAUGGGAAAUGGUCAGCAAUGACAAUUUCGAUGGUUACAUGGUUGCACUUGACAUUGGCUUUGCAACACGCAAAAUCGCCGCUAUGCUGAAGCCUCAGAAGGUGAUCAAACAAGAUGGAGAUUCUUUCACCUUCCAAACCACCUCCUCUGUGUUAAAGUACGAGUGCUCCUUCAAAGUUGGAGAGGAGUUUGAAGAGGUGACGAAGGGCAUGGACAACCGCAAGUGUCGGUCUGUGGUUAACUGGGACAAUGAUAAGCUGGUGUGUGUUCAGAAAGGAGAGAAGAAAGACAGAGGCUGGAUUCACUGGAUUCAGGGAGACGAGCUUCAUCUGGAGCUGACCUGUGAAGGUCAAGUGUGCAAGCAAGUCUUUAAAAGGAUGUGACCCUGACUUUAAAGAUAAUGGCAUAUCUUGUACAUGUUUUCAUCAUAAGAUGAGAUGCAUGCAAAAUAAAAAAAAGCAGACCAGUGA